GUGAUGGAACUUAUCACAGAGGCUGGAUUGCCUUCACUUCUCUUGGAUCUCUUAUUACAAUGUCCUCGAAUAACUCGAUAUGUAUGGAAUUAUAUACAUGUACAGUUCUGUCUUUCCACAGAGAAGGUGCGUUGUUUAUUGGGAAUGUCCCUUUUAAAGAAUCUUGCUAUUAAGCGUAUGGUUUAUCGUCGUUAUGCUGUCAAUAGUCUUUUACAUUUGGCUACUGUGUGGAAUGAAUACCCACGACGACUU